AUGAGGAAACAUGAGAGAAAUCUGGAAAUAAGGUCAUCAGUAACCGUUAAAGCUUACUCGGCAGAUCAGUCUACUUCUCCAGGUGUUGAAAAUUUGGUGAUUACAGGUUCAGGACCUGUUGGUUACACAACAGCAAUCUACGCAGGUCGUGCCAAUUUGAAGCAUGUAGUGUUCAAGGGAUAUCAAAUAGGCGGUGCAAUCUAUGAUGGAGCUACAUGGGCGACUGUCAAAAGGCUUAAAUUACCUCGUGAAGAUGAGUUCUGGAGUAGGGGAAUUAGUGCCUGUGAAAUCUGUGAUGGAGCUUCACCAAUUUUUAAGGGUGAAGUUCUUGCUAUUGUUGGAGGAGGUGAUACAGGAACUGAGGAAGAAAUAUAUUUGACUAAAUAUGCAAGACAUGUACAGUUACUUGUACGCAGGGAUCAAUUAAAGGCCUCACGAGCUAUGCAGGAUAGGGUUUUUGAUAAUCCAAAUAUCACGGUGCAUUUCAACACAGAGACAGUUGAUGUUGACGCACUUGUUAAAGAUGGACUUCUUGAUAAGCUAAAAAAUGGACCUCUAGAAGCAGUUAAAGGAAGAACUAUGGACCCUAAGGGGCCAUUGUUGGAUUUUUUUGGUGUUCAUGUGAAGGCUGAUGAUGUAUUAAGUCGAGUGGAAGAACUUCAACUCCUUGAAAAACGAGGUAAAGCAAGCUCCAUGGUGGUAGUUGCCCUUGGGCCUAAACCAGGGUGGGAGUUUACCCCAAGACUUAAAGGUGUGCUUUCCCAAGCUCUUCCUAUUUUAGGGAAUGUUAAAGAUCAACAUCGACCAAUUUUUGCAAAUGCUUUCAGGUGUUGGUGUCAAGCUUGUUGGCAAUACAGUGUGGAGUACCCUCUUACAUCAAUUCUUGAUAGUGAUGUCACGUGA